GCAUGGCUUGGCGCAGUUACCAGAAUCCAUUUUCUGCUGGCGUUGUUUACGCACGUGGUUUAAUUUCUCGAAGCGCUCCUCAGUGAAGCGAUUAAUCGCCGAGAGGUUGCAAAUUAGCAAAGAAAUAAUCUCAAAACUCUUCAUUUUUUGCUACCGACUACGUAAACAGUCAACGAUUUACAAUGGCAGAAGAAGUCAACCCAAAAGCGUACCCUCUUGCGGACGCUGUUCUCACCAAGAAAAUUCUCAACUUGGUGCAACAAGGCAUGAACUACAGCCAAUUGCGGAAGGGCGCCAAUGAAGUUACAAAAACUCUAAAUCGUGGUAUUGCCGAAUUCAUUGUUAUGGCCGCGGAUGCGGAGCCACUGGAAAUUCUGCUUCAUUUGCCGCUUCUUUGCGAGGAUAAAAACGUUCCUUAUGUAUUUGUCAGGUCAAAGCAGGCUUUGGGUCGCGCCUGUGGAGUCUCAAGAUCAGUCAUUGCUUGCAGUGUGACAGUGAAUGAAGGAUCUCAGUUGAAGCCACAGAUCAUUUCCAUUCAACAAGAAAUUGAACGCUUACUUGUGUAAAUUAUUACAUGGGCAUUAGAUUAUAAUUUUAUAUAUUCUUUUUUCAAAAUUGUAUUAAGAAUAAACUUUGAUUUAUACAAA